GAUGUCGAGCUUUAUCGUUCGGCGAAAGGUGCACGACGAUGGAAGCUGCUUCUUCCAUUCCAUUAUGUAUGCAAUGGAGAAGGAGUCAUGGAAAGCUCAUGGCGAAAUGAACAAGAUCGAGAGUCGGCAGAGGGUGGUGGCCGAAAGAAUUGCAGCAAACAAGGAGCUCUAUACAGAGGCUUACUUAAGAAUUCAAAUGAAGCCUACUGCAAUUGUGUCACAUAGCCCAGCUUCUGGGGAG